AGACACCGAGAGAGAGCGAGAGAGAGAGUAGGAGGAGAAAGUGAACGCUCCGCGAGCACAGAGCCAACCCAGUGAGUUCAGUGAGCAGAGCGCAGAGAUCGGAGCUCAGUCUCAACAGCAUCGGGGCUGUGCGCCACAGAAUUGUUGAGCGGAUUCGUGAGAAGAAGUGCAUGCAGAAAGAGCGGACAUUUCUUCAAAUGGAAACGAGCGAAGCAGAUAGAAACGGCAUGAUUUAAAGCGAUCCCGUUUUAUGCGUAUUUUCUCUCGAUCCGCGUAAAAAGGAAAUGCGAUCUCCAAAUCGGAGCGCACGGCAUUUCCCAAGUUUCCAGAGGAAUUGAUGCUCGUUUGAAAAUUGGACUUCUCAUAGGCAGAGCUGUUUUCGUUUCAUUAUUUUUUGCUGUUGGUGAAAACAUUAUUGUGAGGAAAAAAAAUGGAAGGACUUUGUAGUACGAUGUGGAAAGUUAUAGUGCUUUUGGCCAUCGCGUCCCUCGCGAGCGGCAAGACGCUGAAAUACCAGAUCUAUGAAGAACAAAAAGCAGGCACAGUGAUCGCCCGUUUGAAAGACGACGUUGCCGAUGUCUUGGCCAAACUUCCCAACACGGUGUCUCUGCGCUUCAGGGCGAUGCAGCGAGGGAGCAUGUCUUUGCUGGCGGUCCGCGAGGCGGACGGAGAGAUCAGCAUCAAGACCAAAAUCGACCGCGAGAAACUUUGCGAAAAGAACCUUAACUGUUCCAUCCAAUUCGACGUGCUGACCCUCCCAACCGAGCACCUGCAGCUCUUCCACGUCGAGGUGGAGGUGUUGGAUAUCAACGACAACACGCCCCAGUUCGCCCGCUCCAUUAUCCCCAUCGAGAUAUCCGAGAGCGCGGCGGUGGGAGCGCGCAUUCCCCUGGACAGCGCCACCGACCCGGACGUUGGGGAAAACUCCCUGUACAGUUACGCGUUGGAACCAAACAAUUUCUUCAAGAUCGACAUCCAGUCCAGGACCGACGGCGCCAAAUACGCGGAGUUGGUGGUGCUGAAGGAACUGGAUCGGGAGGUGCGGGCGGGUUACGAACUCCAGUACACCGCGUCUGAUAAGGGCGUUCCCGCAAGAACAGGUUCGACCCUCCUCAGAAUCAGUGUUGCGGACUCCAAUGAUAACAGUCCUAUUUUUGACAAGUCGUCAUACAUCAUUAACUUACCCGAAAACGCACCUGUUGGCACACUACUGAUCAACCUAAACGCCACCGAUGCGGACGAGGGGACCAACGGCAAGAUAGUGUACUCCUUCAGCAGUCACGUGUCUGGUAAAAUAUUAGACACGUUUAAAAUCAACCCAGACAGCGGUCACAUGACCCUGAUCAGACGCGUGGACUAUGAGACCGCGAGCUCGUAUGACAUCGACGUGCAAGCGCAAGACAUGGGGCCGAACUCCAUGCCUGCGCACUGCAAGAUCCUGGUCAAGGUGGGAGACGUGAACGACAACAAGCCAGACAUCAGCAUCAACCUCAUGUCCUCCCAGGGGAAGGAAGACGCGGCCUACUUAUCCGAGGCCUCCCCUUUGGAUACCUUUGUGGCUCUGGUGCGCGUGGAGGACAUGGACUCGGGACUAAACGGGGAGAUAGUGUGCAAACUGCACGGCCAGGGCUACUUCAAACUGCAGAAGACCUACGAGAACAACUACCUGAUCCUCACCAACGUGUCCCUGGACCGCGAGAAGAGGUCAGAGUUCAGCCUGACGGUGGUGGCGGAGGACCGGGGAACCCCCAGCCUCUCCACCAUCAAGCACUUCACGGUGCACGUCACCGACGAGAACGACAACCCGCCGCGCUUCGAGAAGGGCCGCUACGAGAUCUUCAAGUCGGAGAACAACGCGCCCGGGGCGUACCUCUACUCGCUGGUGGCCACCGACGCCGACCUCAAUGCCAACGGCCAGGUGAGCUACUCCAUCGUGGAGAACAACAUCCACGGCAGCUCCAUCUCCACCUACGUCACCAUCGACCCGUCCAACGGCGCCAUCUACGCCCUGCGCACCUUCGACCGCGAGGACGUCAGCCACAUCUCCUUCGUGGUGCAGGCCAAGGACGCCGGCUCCCCGGCGCUCUCCAGCAACGCCACCGUGUCCCUCAACAUCCUGGACGAGAACGACAACCCGCCCGCCAUCGUGGUCCCGCAGCUGUGGAACUUCACCGCCGACGUGCCCGUGUCAAAGUUCACCGAGGCGGGCCACCUGGUCACCGCCCUGAGGGUCACCGACCGCGACACGGGGGUCAACGCCGAGCUCAUCUGCUCCAUCGCCGGGGGCAACGACGAGGGCUUCUUCAUCAUGGACCCGCGCACGUGCGAGGUGCACGCCAACGCCAGCCUGGAGGGCUUCCCCCGCGAGAGGGCGGAGCUGGCCGUGUUGGUGCGGGACCAGGGCAGCGAGAGCCUGAGCGCCAAGGCCGUGCUGAAGAUCACGCUGUACGAGAACAUGGAGAACCACGUGCAGGUGAUGGACCCGGGGGAGUCCUCCUUCGACGCCUCCCUCAUCAUCAUCAUCUCGCUGGGCGCCAUCUGCGCGCUGCUGCUGGUCAUCAUGGUGGCGUUCGCCGCCCGCUGCAGCCGGGAGAAGAAGGAGACGAGGAACUCGUACAACUGCCGCGUGGCGGAGUCAAACCACCAGCACCACCCCAAGAAGCCCUCGCGGCAGAUCCACAAGGGGGACAUCACCCUGGUGCCCACCGUCAACGGCACCCUGCCGAUCCGGGCGCACCAUCGCUCGCCUCUGACCACGCCCCCCUUGGACCGAGCGCCAAUGGGAAGCAGGCAGAGUCACCACAGCAGGCAAUCGUUGAACAGCCUGGUGACGAUCUCGUCCAAUCACAUCCCAGAGAGCUUUGCGUUGGAGCUGACCCACACCACGCCCCCAGUGGAGCAAGUCUCACAGCUUCUGUCCAUGCUCCAUCAGGGCCAGUACCAGCCCAGACCCAGUUUCCGUGGCAACAAAUACUCCCGCAGCUACAGAUAUGCACUACAGGACAUGGACAAGUUCAGCCUGAAGGACAGUGGUCGUGGGGACAGCGAGGCCGGGGACAGCGACUAUGACAUGGGCCGCGAGUCCCCCGUGGACAGGCUGAUACUGGGAGAGGGCUUCUCUGACCUGCUGCACCUUGAGAUGCACCACAGGCUCCACCCAGCUAUGAGACUGUGCACCGAUGAGUGUCGUGUACUGGGCCACUCAGACCAGUGCUGGAUGCCCCCUCUGUCGUCCCCGGCGUCCUCCGACUACCGCAACAACAUGUACAUCCCAGGGGAGGAGUCUCAGGCGCAGCCCCAGUCCCACCUCCUCCACCAGCAGCAGCAGCAGCAGCAUCAGCACCAUCUCCUCCACCACCAGCAGCAGGUUGCCGACGACGACCAGGCCUCCCUGGAAUCCGAGCGCCGCAAGAGCUUCUCCACCUUCGGCAAGGAGUCGGGCAGCGAGGAGGAGGUCUCGCCGGGCGUGGCCGUGGGCGUGGCCAUGGGCGGAGCAGGAAGUGAUGCGUGCGGGGCGAUGGCGCCGGGAAUGGGCGGUUCCCUGCUGACGGAAAUGAACCACGUGUUCCAGCGCCUGCUGCCCCCCAACGGGAACAACGCCUACAGCGACUGCGGCGAGCCCCUCGCCUUGGCCCCGCCCUCCUCCUCAGCCGCAGCCGCCGCCGCCACCGCCGUCGGCCCCGCCCCCGGGCCGCCGCCCGUCAACUCCUCGUCCACCUCGGAGCGAGGCACCGCCUGCGGGAGCAGCGGCGGUAACCACGGCAACAGCAACGCCAUGCCCCAGGAGAACCGAAAGGGCCUGUUGCCGGGCGGGAAGGUUCCGGUCUACCCCCCCGGGGUGGCGGCCUGGGCGGCCAACGCCCACUACCUGACGAACCCCGGCAACGGUAACCACGCGGCCGCCCCCUGUUUGCCCCCGCCGUCCUCCACCUGCCCCUCCGCCUCCUCGCCCUCCUCCAACAACAACAACGCCCCCAACAACGGACAGCCCCCGCACCUAAAAUGGCUGCCGGCGAUGGAGGAGAUCCCCGAGAACUACGAGGAGGACGAGUUCGACGGGGUCUUCCAGCAGUGCAACCCCGGGGUCGCUAAGCGCGUCGCCGCGGCCGACGGGCCCCGUGAGGGCGGCGGAUGCGGCGGCGGCGGCGGCGGCAACGGUGGCGGCAACGGCGGCGGCAUGGACGCCAGCGAGCUGGUCAACGAGAUCAACAAGCUGCUGCAGGACGUUCGCCAGGGCUCCUGAAGGAACAGCUGGUUCUUCCGGAGAACCGUUCCCCUGAGGACAUUGACUUGACUUGAGGCCUGUGAAUGUUCUCCGCUGCUCGGAGCCGGAGGCGAGGUCACUUCUUCUUCUUCAUGGGGGGGGGGGGGGGGUGAGACUGAACCGCGCUCCGUACACAUGAACACCGUCACGCUACCACCACUUAGUGCUAUAGACUCAAGGGCCGAGAGACGGUGAGAGCGAGAGGGGGGGAGAGAGAGAGAGAGAGAGAGUGAGAGAGAGAGAGAGAGAGAGAGAGAGAGAGAGAGAGAGAGAGAGAGAGAGAGAGAGAGAGAGAGAGAGAGAGAGAGAGAGAGAGAGGGAGGGAGGGAGAGGGAGAGGGAGAGAUGAAUCUUGUGGAUGCUCUGAGGUGGUUGAUGAAAAAGGACGUUCUUCUGUACAUUGACAUGAAAAGACUCUUACAGAGACUUGAGGUUUUGUCAUUUUGUAUUGUUUACACUC